AUGGCAGGUUAUCGUUCGUUGCCAUUAGCACCAGUUUCAGCAACAACAGUAUCGGCUACUGCAGUUGCAGCUGCAGCACCGCCUACCGGACCUACCAUGUACCAUCAUCAAUCGAUGACGGCUAUGUCGAAUAAUGGCAUUAUCUAUCAAUCUGCAGUACAUGCUUCAAUACAUAGUUUAAAUACAGUACAAAAUCAACGAUCCUCCACAACACAUCAUCAUCAUAUUCUAGCAACAGCGGCAGCAGCAGCAGUUGCUGCUACAACACGCCAAUAUACAACAACAACUGGUUCCGUUCCACCGUCGGCACAAACAAUACCACCGCCACCAACACAUCCGUUGCAAGCAGUUGCAGCAGCGGCAGCAGCUGUAGCAGCUCCACAAAAUGGUCAUCAUGCUUUAGUUCACCCACAAUAUCAUCAUUCACAACAGCAACAACAGCAUACGCAGCUGCAACAACAUCAGCAACAACAAUUUAAAUAUAUACAACUAAAAAUGGCAGGUUAUCGUUCGUUGCCAUUAGCACCAGUUUCAGCAACAACAGUAUCGGCUACUGCAGUUGCAGCUGCAGCACCGCCUACCGGACCUACCAUGUACCAUCAUCAAUCGAUGACGGCUAUGUCGAAUAAUGGCAUUAUCUAUCAAUCUGCAGUACAUGCUUCAAUACAUAGUUUAAAUACAGUACAAAAUCAACGAUCCUCCACAACACAUCAUCAUCAUAUUCUAGCAACAGCGGCAGCAGCAGCAGUUGCUGCUACAACACGUCAAUAUACAACAACAACUGGUUCCGUUCCACCGUCGGCACAAACAAUACCACCGCCACCAACACAUCCGUUGCAAGCAGUUGCAGCAGCGGCAGCAGCUGUAGCAGCUCCGCAAAAUGGUCAUCAUGCUUUAGUUCACCCACAAUAUCAUCAUUCACAACAGCAACAACAGCAUACGCAGCUGCAACAACAUCAGCAACAACAAGCUUGUUAA